UAGCAUUGCCAAGGAUUUAUCAUCUAAGCAGAAAAUGAGCUUAACAUCCUGGUUUUUGGUGAGCAGUGGAGGCACCCGCCAUAGGCUGCCGCGAGAAAUGAUUUUUGUUGGAAGAGAUGACUGUGAGCUGAUGUUACAGUCACGAAGUGUGGACAAGCAACAUGCUGUACUUAACUACGAUGCCUCUACGGAUGAACACUUGGUGAAGGAUUUGGGUAGCUUGAAUGGGACGUUUGUGAAUGAUGUGAGGAUUCCAGAACAGACAUAUAUCACUCUGAAGUUAGAAGAUAAAUUGAGAUUUGGAUAUGAUACUAAUCUUUUUACUGUCGUCAGGGGAGAGAUGAGGGUCCCUGAAGAAGCCCUUAAGCAUGAAAAAUUCACAAGCCAACUCCAAUUAUCCCAAAAAUCUUCAGAGGCAGAAGGGUUGAAGCAAACCAGCUCCAAAAUCUCAGAGUCCAAGGUAACAGACUCCACAGCUGAAGUGCACCACAAAACUACAGAAGCACUGAAAUCUGAAGAGAAAUCAAUGGAUCUUUCUGCCAUGCCUCGUGGGACACCUUUGUAUGGACAGCCUGCCUGGUGGGGUGAUGACGAAGCUGAUGAAAAAAGUGGUUGUAAGCCAGAUAGCAAGCAUGAAGAAAAAAUGCAUGAGACGGGGGCUUCAGGAUGCAGCACAGAUGCCAAGCAAGCUGAGGAGCAAUCUGCAGCUGCAAAUGAAGAACUUUAUCCUUUCUGUAGGGAGCCAAGUUAUUUUGAAAUCCCUACAAAAGAAUUCCAGCAACCUUCACAGGUAGCAGAGAGCACUAUUCAUGAAAUUCCAACAAAAGACACCCAAAGCUCCCAUGCAGCAGGUGCAGGGCAUGCUUCCUUUACCAUUGAAUUUGAUGACAACACUCCAGGAAAAGUAACAAUCAAAGAUCACGUGACAAAAUUCACAUCGGAACAGCGUCACAAGUCAAAAAAGCCUUCUUCCUCCAGUGGUCAGGACCUGCCUGGGCUUCAAACAGUGAUGAUGGCCGCAGAGAGCAAAGUAGCGGAUUGGCUAGCACAGAACAAUCCUCCUAGAAUGAUAUGGGAACCAACAGAGGAGGAUUCCAAAAGUAUUAAGAGUGACGUUCCAGUGUACUUGAAGAGACUGAAAGGGAAUAAGCAUGAUGAUGGUACACAAAGUGAUUCAGAAAAUGCUGGUGCACACCGGCAUUACAGUAAGCGGGCAGCACUUGAAGAACACUUAAGGCAUCAUCAUACAGAGCUGAAAAAGUCAUACCAGAAAGUCCAUUCUGCAGAAAAGCAGCAAGAGCAAGCCGGUUUGAGUCAGACUGCCUUUAUGAUUGAAUUUUUUGAUGAAGACCAUCCUCGAAAGAGACGUUCUUACUCCUUUUCUCAGAACGUAGGAGCUCUGUGCCCAGAAUCUCCAUCUCCAACACCUCAUGCGCGAGCUGAAAGAGUGAAACCUACGUCAGGAGAGAAAGCAGUCCCUUCAUCUGUGCAAGCUAGCUCAUCGCAUCACAGAGCAGUACAUGGUGUUCAUGCAAAACUUUUAAAACAAAAAUCAGAAGAACCCUCUGCUGCAUUACCUGUCUUACAAGCUGCAUUGUUAAGGAGUUCAGGAAGCCUUGGCCAUAGGCCUAGUCAGAACCAGGAGAUGGACAAAAAGUUGAAAAGCCAACAUAUUUCUACUGCUACUGAAAAGGACAAUGAGGAUGACCAGAGUGACAAAGGUACUUACACUAUUGAGUUGGAAAAUCCCAAUUCUGAAGAAAUGGAAGCCCGUAAAAUGAUUGACAAGGUAUUUGGAGUGGAUGACAGCCAGGAUUAUAAUAGGCCUGUUAUCAACGAGAACCAGAAAGAUUUAGUAAAAGAUUGGGCUAUAAAUUCUGCUACAGUAGUGCUGGAAGAAAAAAGACCACUGAGUACAACUGGAUUUCUUGACACAGAGGAAGGUUCUACCACCCCUGGAAGUAAACGUUGGGUAUCACAGUGGGCCAGUUUGGCUGCUAAUCACACACGUCAUGACCAAGAUGACAUCAGAUUGGAGUCAUCUGUGCCUGCUCCAUUAGAAAACGACACAGACAUCAGUGAGUCUGGUAUUUCCAUUAGAAGCACGGGUUCAGCUGCUUCUAUGACCAGCCAAGGUGAGCGAAAGAGGAGGACACUUCCACAGCUUCCCAAAGAGGAGAAAGUGAAUGAAAGCUCAAAAGCAAAAACUACAUCUCAUCAGAGAUCAGAAAUAGGUGAAAAGCAAGACACUGAACUUCAGGAGAAAGAAACUCCAGCUCGUGCCUCAGAUGCUGACAGCAGAAGUAUAGCUAAGUCAAGCAGAACAAUGAAUGGUCUUUCACCCAAAGCUACUGGAGACAAAGUUUUUUCUUUCUCCAGUUCUUCCAGUAAAGAGAGAGCGGAAACUGGCAGAGAAACUUCUGUGGUGAAACAAGCUUUAGCAAAAAUUCAACAACAAGAAAGAAAGGAGCAAGGACACUGGACACCCACAAAAUUAUCCUCUACAAAAUCUGCUGCAAACCAGGUUGAGAAAGGUAGGGAGGAGGUUGCUAUGUCACCCAAAACUUUGGAUAAUCAAGACAAAGCUCCUGGACAUGUUACAGAUAAAGCAGAAAUGAAGUUGGCGCAGAGUGAGGGAAAAAGAAGAAAAAAUGAGGAAACAAUUAAAGGACAAAGUCCUAAAGCAUCUGGAGGAGAAAAAAAGGAAUCUUCAAAACCAUUAGUGAGGCAAGGUAGCUUUACUAUAGAUAAGCCUAGCACAAAUAUACCUAUAGAACUUAUUCCUCACAUUAAUAAGCAAAGUGGAUCCGCUGCCCCGUUAGCAUCUGCAAACAGGAUACGUGACAGAAGUGAUUCAAUGGAAACCGAUUCCAGUCUGGAUACAACACUCAUUUUAAAAGACACAGAAGCUGUAAUGGCUUUCCUUGAAGCUAAAUUGCGUGAAGAAAAUAAAACUGAUGAAGGUCCCGAGACUCCUAGCUAUAACAGAGAUAAUUCCAUAUCACCAGAAUCAGAUGUAGAUACAGCCAGCACAAUCAGUCUCGUUACUGGUGACACUGAAAGAAAAUCCACGCAGAAGCGGAAGAGCUUUACAACCUUAUAUAAAGAUAGAUGUUCUUCUGGUUCCCCUUCAAAGGAUGUUUUAAAAUCUUCUGCAACAAGUGCCAGAGAAAAGAUGGAAAAGAAAACUAAAAGUCGAUCUUCAGAUGGUGGGUCUAGAGCUGAUGCUCGCAAAACUGUGCAAUCCAGUGGAAGAAUGAGACAGCCAUCAGUAGAUUUGACAGAUGAUGACCAAACAUCUAGCGUACCUCAUUCUGCCAUUUCUGAUAUCUUAUCAUCUGACCAGGAAACCUACUCUGGUAAAUCACAUGGAAGAGUUCCUUUUGCUUCAGCAGAUGAACUUUUACAUUCCAAAAUGGAAGGAAAGUCAGCUAAAUCAAAAACCUCUCCUGUUGCGCUUGGGCAAUCUAGUAAAUCUACCACUCUUCCAAGACCUCGUCCUACAAGGACUUCUCUCUUGCGCAGAGCACGGCUUGGUGAAGCCUCAGAUAGCGAGCUUGCUGAUGCCGAUAAGGCUUCAGUGGCUUCCGAAGUGUCCACUACAAGUUCUACGUCAAAACCUCCAUCAGGGAGGAGAAGUAUUUCCAGAAUAGACUUACUUGCUCAACCUCGCAGAACUCGACUUGGCUCUUUAUCAGCACGUAGUGAUUCUGAAGCAACAAUAACUAGAAGCACUGCCUCAUCUCGUACCCCAGAAGCUAUUAUCAGAAGUGGUGCAAGGUUAACAUCAGCAGGAGAUAGUAGUAAAGUUUCUGCUAGAACUCGAGCCAAUAGCAUUUCUCGACUUUCAGAUUCAAAAUCCAAAUCUUUGGCUUCAGCUCAUAAUUCUCCCUCAGUAAGUGCAAGAUGGAGGCGCUUUCCUACAGAUUAUGCUUCCACCUCAGAAGAUGAAUUCGGAUCAAACCGUAAUUCCCCUAAACAUACCCGUCUACGUACCUCUCCAGCCCUGAAAACCACGCGACUGCAGAGCACUGGGACAGCAGCUCAAAGUAGCAAUACAUUCAAGCACAGAAUAAAGGAACAGGAAGACUACAUUCGUGACUGGACUGCUCACCGAGAAGAAAUAGCAAGGAUCAGUCAAGAUCUGGCUCUCAUCGCACGGGAAAUCAACGAUGUAGCAGGAGAGAUAGAUUCAGUGACUUCAUCAGGCACUGCCCCCAGUACCACAGUAAGCACUGCUGCCACCACCCCUGGCUCUGCCAUAGACACUAGAGAAGAGUUGGUUGACCGAGUAUUUGAUGAAAGUCUCAAUUUUAGAAAAAUCCCUCCACUAGUGCAUGCCAAACCACCAGAGGGGAAUGGUCGGCCUAAUGAUGCUAGACCUCAGCUAACAGAUGCCCUCGAUCCCCCAACAAUUACCCGGAGAAGGACUUGGAGCCGAGAUGAAGUUAUGGGGGACAGUUUGCUGUUGUCUUCAGUCUUCCAAUUUUCUCGCAAGAUAAGACAAUCCAUAGACAAAACAGCUGGCAAAAUCAGAAUAUUAUUUAAGGACACAGAUAGAAACUGGGAAGAAAUUGAAAAUAAGUUGCGAGCUGAAAGUGAAGUUCCUAUUGUGAAAACAUCAAGCAUGGAAAUAUCAUCGAUCUUACAGGAACUGAAACGAGUUGAGAAACAGCUGCAAGCAAUUAAUGCUAUGAUCGACCCUGAUGGUACCCUGGAUGCUCUGAGCAACUUGGGAUUCGCCAGCCCCAUCUUACCAGCUCAGCCGAAACCGAAGUCCAGUCCCGUUUCCCAAAGUACCCGCCCUCAAGUGCAGCCAAACUGCCAGCCUGAAGCUCGGGCUCUUCGACCCGCUGCCGUCCCUGUUGCAGCUGAAUUUGAGAAUGCUGAAUCCGAGUCUGAUUGCAGCAUACGUUUCAAUAGGUUUAAUCCAGAUAGGGAAGAGGAAGAUGCCACCCUGCGUGAGUGACAUCUCAGUGUUGAUACAAACACCUUUCAUGUGGAAUGUUUAGGAAUAAAGGAAAAAUUAUAAUAUUGGUUUUAUAAUU